AGCUUGUGCUGCAUCCUGGAUCCCAGCGUCCUGCCUGCUUGUUUACGAGGCUCUGGUCUGCUGAGAGCUGCCGGCUGGGGGCGCUGCUGUGUGUCUGUUCAGCUGCCUGGGGGCCUGGCUGCUGGUGCUGUUCUGGCCAAUGAGCCAAGGCCAUUUCUCCAUGUGAGAUGUGGUCCCACGCCUGUGUGUCCAGCUUGGCUGCUGCCUGGUCUGUCUGCAGAGGAGAAGGAGCCACACUGCCGCGGCUGCCCCAUCCAGAUCCCAUCCAGGUCCUGUGCUGAGGCAAGCAACAAAUCCUUCCUGCCACACCCUACUCUGCCCUGUCCCUGUCUGCUGUCUAUGGUCCCAGCUCCCAAGGUUGCGAGGUACUGUGCCCAGCGGUUUUGUAGGACAGCGGUAUGGAGUCCCUCUUUCCUGCCCCAUUCUGGGAGGUUCUCUAUGGCAGCCACCUGCAGGACAACGUAUCUCUCCUGAGCACUAACCACAGCCUGCUGCCGCCCCAUCUGCCGCCCCAUCUUCUGCUCAACACCAGCCACAGUGCCUUCCUGCCCCUUGGGCUCAAGGUCACCAUCGUGGGGCUCUACCUGGCCGUAUGUGUCGGGGGGCUGCUGGGGAACUGCCUCGUCAUGUAUGUCAUCCUCAGGCACACCAAGAUGAAGACAGCUACCAACAUUUACAUCUUUAACCUGGCCCUGGCAGAUACCCUUGUCUUGCUAACGCUGCCCUUCCAGGGAACAGACAUCCUCCUGGGCUUCUGGCCAUUUGGGAAUGCUCUGUGCAAGGCAGUCAUUGCCAUUGACUACUACAACAUGUUCACCAGCACCUUUACCCUGACCGCCAUGAGUGUAGACCGCUACGUAGCCAUCUGCCACCCUAUCCGUGCCCUCGAUGUCCGGACAUCCAGCAAGGCCCAGGCUAUCAAUGUGGCCAUCUGGGCCCUGGCCUCUGUGGUUGGUGUUCCUGUUGCCAUCAUGGGCUCGGCCCAGGUCGAGGAUGAAGAGAUCGAGUGCCUGGUGGAGAUCCCUACCCCACAGGACUACUGGGGCCCUGUGUUUGCUGUCUGCAUCUUCCUCUUCUCCUUCAUCAUCCCCGUGCUCAUCAUCUCUGUCUGCUACAGCCUCAUGAUCUGCCGGCUCCGUGGUGUGCGCCUGCUCUCAGGCUCUCGUGAGAAGGACAGGAACCUACGUCGCAUCACCCGGCUGGUACUGGUGGUGGUGGCUGUGUUUGUGUGCUGCUGGGCACCUGUCCAGGUCUUUGUGUUAGUGCAGGGCCUGGGUGUUCAGCCAGGCAGUGAGGCUGCAGUGGCUGUUCUGCGUUUCUGCACAGCCCUGGGCUAUGUCAAUAGCUGCCUCAACCCUAUCCUGUAUGCCUUCCUGGAUGAGAACUUCAAGGCCUGCUUCCGGAAGUUCUGCUGUGCGUCUGCCCUGCGGCGGGAUGUGCAGAUGUCUGACCGCGUGCGCAGCAUUGCCAAGGAUGUGGCCCUGGCCUGCAAGACCUCUGAGACUGUUCCACGGCCCGCAUGACUAGGCGUGGACCUGCCCAUGGUGCCUGUCAGCCCGCAGAGCCCAUCUACGCCCAACACAGAGCUCACCCAGGUCACCGCACUCUAGGCUAACACAAUGUGAGCCCUGAGAACCCAGAGCCUUGAAUGAGCUUUUCCUUUAGCCCAGGGAUGCUCCGUCCCAGAGGAGAACCUAGUGAUAUCAUGGGACAGGUCAGAGCACGAAGGCUGCCUCUGUGGCCCCAGUCAGAUUAAAGCUGCCCUCCCGUUGUAGGGCUUAGAGGGACAUAGGCUUUCGCCUGGAAGCAUUCACUGUUCUGGUGGCAUGUCUGACUGGAUCUUGCACACUUGCUCCCAUGCUUCCAGAGACUCCUUGGCCCUUGUGCGUGCUGAGUCUGAGGAGCCCCAUGUCCUCUGAUGGUCCUACAGGUGUGAUUACAGCCGUGCAGCCCUGUGCCGCAUGUUCUGGGCACUGUCAUACAGUGGGCUUCCCACUGCCCUCAGCCUGGUGGCAUCCCUUCAGGGCACCUGGAUGGGCCUGGUGCUGCGUGGGAAGCACAGUGGGCAGCUAUUCUUUGGGGUGGGCCUGGCUCUGAGGUUAGAGCUACCACCUGGAGCACCUGGCUGUUCUGACCCCACCUUUGUAGCCAGGUUAUCCGCAGAGGGGUGUUGGGUUGCUGCCCUCCCCUGGCUGGAGGCCCUGAGUGGGUCCUUGUGACACACCACAGACUGUGGGUGUGGAUGCGCCUGCUCCUCAGCACUGCUGCUGCCUGUGACUGGGCUCUGGGCCUGAUGCCCACUUCUCCUUCAGGAGACCAGCAGGAGGUUCUGGCCUUCCUCUCCAGAAACGCGAUGGAUUGUCCAGUGAGCUCUGCCUCUUGUAUGUAGGAAACGGCCCUGAAGGAAGAUCCCACUCCCUCAUUCCCAAAGCAGAGGCCCUGUGUUCCCAGUCCUGGCUGCUGUAUAGGGCAAGGCAGGGAACAUACUCUGUCUGGGGAUCCCCAUGUCCUCCCGUGACCCCCUCGUGGCCUCUCCUUUGCUUGAAAUCAGAGGCCAGUGGUUAAGCUGGGUUUAGGGGAAGACUGUGCAAAAGGAGACCCUGGUGGCCUUGGAGAGUGGCAGCACUGUGUCCUGCUGCACCCCAGUGACUGCCUGCUCCCUUGCAAGCUUCAAGGGUCUCUGGAAAGGCCUGAGCUUGCUGCCAAGUUGGAGGACAGUUUCACGUGCAGAGCCAGCAUGGGGGAGGGAGGUGGCAGAGCUACGGGGACAUGGGAGUGUCUCUGUAUCUUGGGAAUGCCCCCUCUGUGGCCACUCAUGCACUCACCCUCCCUGGUCUAUAGACAGAAGUUGCAGGUUGGUGACUUCCUGCAGAAGAGCUAUUGUAAUACCUGCUUGAGAAGGUACCGAGAAGACUCUGUUUUUUAACUGAGACCUUAGCCAGGUGACCUUAGGCACCUGCAAGGAAUAGGAAGCACUUCUUGGCUCUGCCACAGAUCCUGGGCUGGCUCCUGCCUUGGGGAGCCUUUUUCAUGGGGGCUACGCCUGGAGAGGUCGGGCUCUCUCCCAAAGCCUAUGGCAGGAGGCUCUGAGGACAGGAGCUGGCUGGUGGCACUGUUUUCUUGCCAAGGCUAAAAAUUUGUGAAUUUGUGCUGAUAUAAUAUGCAUCUUUAUGUAUUUACGCAUGAGACAAGUGUCAUUUCCCAUGCAUGUAGCCAACCUUGAGCUUGUCUCUGUGGUAAUGAAGCAGGCUGUAACAAACAUUUGCUCAUAGAACUGGGCGCUUUCAGCAGGAGUUCUGAGUCCUGCCACAAGGGGACUGGCCUGUUGCAGUAAUAUACCUGUGAUCUG